CUUGUCUCAUGUGUCCGACUGAGAGUCCCUUCGCUUGCUGGCCCAGAGAGCGCAGAGACGAGAGAUCCUCUCGUCGAUGACUGGCGCACAGCAUGGAUAGAUGGAGACGUCCGACUCCUCUCGGCAUACUGUCGCUUCUCCCCUCUCUCGACAUGCUUCAUGUCGUCAAUCGGAUCGAUGGACACGCGCUUGCCCGACCUUUGCUGCGCUGUUUCUUCAGUGUCACCCUCUGGCCUUUCUUGCUCCUGCUUCUGCUCCAUCCCGAUGACAGAAGCAAAACGUUUGUAGCCUUUGUAGUCCCGCAUCUUGUUCUCAUCGAUAGCGACAGACCGUCGUCUGUGUGUGACGACAUCAUCUGCUCUCUGAGAGGAUCUCUCGGUGGUCACUUGAGGGCGAUCGAAGGCGUGAGGCAUCAGCUUGAGGAUACGGCUGAUCUUUCGUACUGCCUCCUUCCACUUCUCCCGCCAGUUGCGACGCUUGAAGACACCGGCUCGGCCACUGAGAAGCAGCUUAAGCAGGGAUCAAUCUGUGUAUAGGAACAUUCGGCUUACGCGAGGACGAGGAAGAACGUGUCGCCGAUCUGCCCUCCCUCUGAUAGAACCUCGCCUUUGUCGAAGAUCCUUAGCCGCAAUACUUUGCACAGCUCUCGUCUCGUGCGGCGCCCCAGCGCAUUAAAGACGCGGCGCGUCUCUAUCUGGAGAAAGGAAGCAAAGGUAGAUUCUCGCGAGUGAGUGAGACACUCAAACUCUUACGAGGCUGUCGAAAAGCUCGAUCUCUGGUGGUCCUCGUUGUUGAGGUAGCCUGUUUUUGAGUAGUGCUUCAGCUGCCUCCAGCAAGCACCGGCGGCUGCGAUGGUGACGCAGAUACCUGCAAGCAGAAGGAGGAAUGACAUCUGCGUCUCGGGCAUUUUGCAUUAUGCCUGAUGUAGGUGACUCGAUCGACCGUCAACACGAUAGCUGACGUAAUGGCCACCACAUAUCCCAGCCUUGGGCCUUCUCGAGCCAGUGCCCACUCGCCAAAGGCAUCGCCUGAUGGAGGCAUUCCUGGAUAACGAUUCGGUCAAGACUUGGCCUUACCUUCCUCUAGUAGGGUGAUAAGCUCGAGGGAUUUUUCAAUUGGCUCUCCCUCCUCUGUGUAUGGCAUCGGACCGGCAGCGCUGGCUGCCGAUACACCAGAGACACUCGACGCAGCGUCAGCAUGGUCCUAAAUAACACACACAGGCCACACAUCUGCGCAAAUGUGCACAAUUGUGUCCCUGCAGACCUCACCCCUUCGUUGUCCCUGCCCUUCCUCGCUCCAGAGAUACUCUCCGGACUGAUUUCCCCCUCGGUGCCUUCCUCCUCUCCGGCGCCGCUCAGGCAGCGAUACGCGCCCAGGACGCCAUUGAGCGGCAGAUAGAAGAAGUCGGCUUGUGCACCGUCUUCUAUGAUCACAUCAUGCUCGCUCACGGACCUCACGCCCACGAACUUGGAGACCUCCAAAAGGGUUGAUCGGGGGAUAGUGUCGAAAGGAGACAUUGUCUCCAAAAAGUCAGACAGAAGCUUCAGGUCCUGCAUUGCCCUGUGACACACGAAGUAAGGGGUUUCUAGAUGCCUCAUCUCUCUUUCUGUCUCGUACCUGUCCUGGGGGGACCUUGAUCUCAUAAUGUCCAGUGCAGCGCUCUUUUUGACGGCCAGGCUCCGAGCCUCUUUCAGCACAGACUGGUAGAAAUCCUUGGACACCCACAAAAACUCACAUCUGUCCAAGAGACGGGAGAUAAGGGCCGAUUUGCACCGAUUUGCACGUUUACUUACGGAGACAGAGUCCGAAUGGUGGCCGCCCUUCUCUCGUUCCGAAUCAGUGCCCAUUCACCGAAGGAAUCGCCCUCACUCAGAUCAGCCAGAUGCUUCUCGCCUUCCUUGGCUGCCGGGUGUAGCACUGCUUGGAUAUCUUCUCCCUCCAUGGUCGCUUCAUCAUCGCCCUUUUUCUGCCUUGGCAAAUCAGCAAACACACCUACGGUGCCUAAGGCGAAAGAAACGCAUAAUGGCAAGGUUGAUUUGCAUUUUGCGGACCUUUCAAAAUCAGAAAAAAUGCAUCUCCUUCAUCUCCCUGAUGAAAUAGCUCUUCCCGCUCUCGCUUUUCGAGAAACCUCAGCUCGCGACAUACUAAUUGACGCACGGCCACGCUCAAGGAACGAAAGAACUUAUUGCCGCGGACAACCUUUGAAGAGAAACAAAAAAAUCGUCAGAGUUCUCACGAGUGACCCUUUUUCCAUUCACCAUGAACAAGACUUCAAUGUCGUCACGACUUCUCUCUUCGGGCGCCUUUGACCUCAGGAUAGUCUUUGCCUCCUCGAGCACAGUUGCAUCGAUUUUCCUAAAGCCGCUGGGCCUUUCAGAGGCGCCAGUCGUCGCUUGUCGUGCGAUGAUCUUCUUGACCUGGCCCUCUUCGCCAGACUCAGCUGACGAUCUCGUAGCUGCACCAAACAAGCAAAUGCGACAAGGCAACCAAAAUGGAACAAGGGGCUGGAUGCGGACCGGAUGAAGAUGAUGACGGCAAGAAGGCGUGUUCAUUGCACACUCGAUGCGCUAUGGUCGCCAGCAGGUCAGAUUCCCAGGGCGUCGCGCUCUUGUCCUUAGUCAGCGCGAGAAUUCGGUGUUGCAGGGCCAAAUUCUAGACAAGCAAACGGCCAACAGGAAGGUCUUCACCGGCACUGGACUUUCUCUCUUACCUGCCCACUGCUCGCCUUGGACCGCGUGCUGCCUUGUCGUUUCAACAGCGGUCGGUGUCCAUCAGCUUGUGGAUUUGGGGCGCCUGCGAUGCGAUGCGCUGAUGCAACUGCUGAAACGAGGCCGCUGAUGCGAGGGCUCCUCGGACUCAUUGCCGGCGAGUGGACGGCCGGCAGUGACUCGGAAGUUUCAUGAUGCUGGGUGGGGGAAGAAGGGAGAGAUGGCGAAGGACUGGGGGGCACAGGAAUUCGCAGCAUCUUAGCGGAUGCCAGUCAUAGAUACGUCCAGAAGCAGGAAGGACUGAUG